AUGGCUAUCGGGGCAAGAUGGCAAGUCGUUGCUGGUUUUGCGGUACUGCUAGCUUGGUACCUCUAUGUGCCCUCGUUCUUUCUUUCUCGACGUAACUCUGUUUUUCGUCCUAAGAGCAGCUUCGGAUUGGUUCGGGUGGAGGGCUUCGGCGAACUUCAGGGCUCUGAGGGUGUCGAUCUCAUAUUUGUGCACGGUUUAGGGUCAAACCCCGACACGACAUGGAGAGCGGCAAUUCCAACCAAAGAAUCUCAGUCUGACUCGCGCGUGGCUUGGGACUACGUUUGGUGGGUGCGAGAUCUUCUCCCUGAAGACAUCCCCCCAGCCGUAAGAGAGAAUGUUCGCGUGUUUCACUACAACCACGACUCAUCCUACCUCCGAGAUGCGCCACAGAUUCUGUUGACAGGGCUAGGAGAAACUCUGGUACACGACCUCGAUGCGCUGCUAGGAGAGACCAGACAAAAGCGAGAAAACCGCAAACUAGUUUUUGUUGCGUACAGCUAUGGGGGGCUUGUUGUGAAGCAGGCAUUAGUCCACGCAUCGGCAAUGUCUAACUUUCGGCAUAUCUCGUCACGGACUACAGGAGUUAUCUUUCUCGGCACUCCUCACCUGGGCUCUGAGAUGGCUUACUGGGGCCGUACACUGGCAAGAGCACUGAAAGCACAUGGCUCCAAUCCCGAUUUACUUGAUGAAAUUAACCUCGAUUCUUCUAAACUCAGAGAUUUGCAUAAAAAUUUUGUCGCAAUUUUCCAGAAUAGCCUUGCCGUCGUGAACAUCUAUGAAACGCGUAGGACAGUCUGGAAGACAUGGGGCUUCUAUUGGAGUGAGAUGACAGUUCCAGAAAGAUCAGGGACAUAUGCAGGACCCUCCGAUCGUGUGGUCAAUUACCCGUUCGCCUUAAAUCAUUUUGAGCUCAACAAAUAUGCCACCAGAACUUACGAGUAUCAUGUUUUGUCACAGUACAUCCUGAAAUUUCUACAGCCUCCCAGGCAAGAUUUUUUCUCAGUGCCCGUUGCGCUCGCAUCAACGUUCACGCCCAGACUGCUUCUGCUAGAUGAGAUCGAUGAGGCCAUAACCAAGGCUUUACGGAGCGAUGACUCCUCGCAGGUAGUGGUACUUCAUGGUCUUGGUGGAGCCGGCAAGUCGCAGCUGGCACGUCAGGUCCUGGAGGACCACCGGACGUCAUUCAAGACGGUCCUUUGGAUUGACGCCAGCAGUGUCACGACGAUUAUUUCAAGUUUCGCACGAUUCCUAAACGAUAUUGGUAUUCACAUCGAUGUCAAUUCCGAUGCAGGCUCGUCGCUAAGUGAGUCUACCACGAUACGAAAAGUCACGAGCUGGGUCGUCCAACACCACAGCUUUCAGAGACGCUGGAUCUUCGUAUUGGACGGUGCGGACGAUCUGUCUAAGCCGGAAAUUGAAGCAAUCACGCCGAAAGACGCAAAUGGUACAAUCAUGAUAACUUCUCGAAAUCCUCACACUUGCAGCAAGUACAUGACCGGGAAGACUUGCUACUCUAUCCUUGUUGGGCCUUUACACACCAACGAAUCAGUCAGUGUCAUCUCGCGCCACCUGAAGCUCAAUCAUACGUCACUGAGUGCGGAAAUACGAAACCUUUCUGCUACGAUAGGCGAGAUGUUGGGGGAUCUGGCGCUUGCGGUCGACAUCGCUGGUGCGUACAUGUCUGAACAAUUCUUUGGCGAUGCCAAAGAUGCACUGGAGAUGUAUGUGUCGGACUUUCUGGAGCAUAGAGACUAUUUGCUGAAGCGCAAGCCUUUUCUCGAGAUCUCAGAAUACGACCUCACCGUAUGGACUGUUUGGGACAAGAGUUUGGACACUAUCAGUCGGAAGCACCCUGAUGUCGGGGCGGAGCGGUUACUAACGUUUCUCUCUGGCUUUGACGGUUCAAACAUCCAGGACGAGCUGUUCCAGCUCGCACGUAGAAGCUUUGCAGACGUGUAUCCUCCCCCGAACGCGGGCUACGAACCCGUGCCGACGUGGCUGGAAAAUUGGAUGGGCUACGACAACAAUCGGCGGACCGAAAUCCAUCUGCGAGAAGCGCAGGCCCUUCUUGCCCGCUAUAGCCUUGUGAUGCAUGUCGAAGGAACUUGGCCGGGCAUAAAGAUACACAACCUUGUCCAGUGGCGCGCUAGGCAGACCGACAAUUGCAAAUAUUGGGCCGACUGGUCUGCUAUAUUCUUGCUGGCUGUGGCGCAUCAGGUUACUCACAGUCGUGUUAACCGGCAGCUUCGCAUUUCCCUUCUUGCACACCUCUCCGCCCACGAAAAGAGUUUCCCUGGCGCUCUCGGCCGAACGGCGCGAAGAGAAGAUAUCUGGGCCGCACGCUUUAUUGAGGUUCUCGCAGAAUUCAUGCUGGCCGAAGGCAAAUGGACGGAUGCGGGAAUAAUGUUCCACCGGGCGGGACUGAUAAGGCAGCAUCAACAACUCUCCGCGCUUCCGUAUAUGGGUAACAGUGUGAGACGGAAUGACUAUGACUCCGCGAGAUUGCUCUCCAACCUGGGUUCGACCUUAUUGCAGCGGGGCCGCUGGGCAGAAGGCGCCGAGUUGUUGGAAAGAGCGUUAGAAAUUCAAGGACAGGAUCUGGGUGAAGAUAAUGCUCAGACUUUAUUCACCAUGAGCUCUCUCGCAGAAGCAUAUCUCCGUCUGGGCCGAGGAGCUGAGAGCGUGCAGCUGAGAAUCCACAUUCUGCAGAGACACGUGGCAACGUUUGGCGAGGAAGCCAGGCAAACAGGGACCAGCCUUUCCAAUCUAGGAUCCAGUUAUCUUUCGUUGGGGGAUGGAAAAGCCGCCGAAUCGGUUCUACUUAGGUCGAUCGAGAUUGCCAUACGGAAAGCGGGGGUCGACAGUGAGGAAGUCCUGACUCCGAUGGCGAAUCUUGCGGUCGCGUACACACUCCAAGACCGUUUCGAAGAAGCUCAAGCCUUGUCGGAAGAGGUUAUCGAGAGAGUCAAGAAAACUUACGACGAUGCGCACUAUCUCACCCUGAGAUGUAUCUCGAACUUGGCCUACCUGCACCAUAGGAAGGGGCAACUUGAACAGGCGGAAUCGCUGCUCAGGUAUCUCCUGGAGGCUCGGAAUAAAAUGCAGCUCGGGAAUCAUCCCGAGACAUUGGAAAAUGCUGCAGCCUUGGCAACAGUGCUCUAUGAGACGGGGAGGACUGAUGAAGCCAUGAACCUGUUGGCAGAAUGCGUUGCCUUGUCCAUGGAAGCCCUCGGCCCUUCUCAUCCGUCCACAAUCAAGUUCGAAGAGGCACUGAAAAUCUGGCAACACGAGCCAACACUCGCAGAAGACUUUGUCCUGGGCCUGCAGAUCGUGUUUGAGACUCUCGAACAAGUCAUUACUUACUUGCCUUUGCGGAUCUGGCGAUUCAUAAUUUAUCUUCGUGGAGAGCAAGGCCUGGAAGAGCUUUGGCAAAGUCUCACCGGGCCCCAUGCUAGGAUAGAUCCAUGA